AAGAAAACAAAACGCUUGGCUGGAGGCCAAGCUAGCCAAAUGUGCUAGCCGACAGUAAGCAGCGCCGUAAUGUACACUAAAAAAAGUAUUCGAGCUAAUGAAUGUAUCUAUAGAUGUAUGUGUGUGAUGGUGACGAAAAUAAACAAGCAAACUCACGCUCGAUCACAUCACAGGGAAGUACGGCCAACCCCAACAGCAGCGCUCCUUCCAAUGAGCUGGCCGAUUUCCUACCGGAACUUUUCAACGCAGUCUUUGUUUCCGGUGGACAGUAAAAAAGAAAGCACCGCGCCUUCCCUUCCGCGUUGCGAAAGUGCGAAACUCCCGCUUCGUUAUAUCUCUACGCGCUUCCUCAUUCUUGGCACAUUUAGGAGUGCUUGUUAAAUGUAUAUUUGUGUUGCCAUCAUCUAGCCCAUUCAAAACGCUACUAAAAUGGCUACGCACUCUUCCGGAGACGCGGUCGAACGGCCUUCGAGAAGAACGACGCGACAACAGUCGACGGGAAAAAUUCUUAAUUAUGAGGCGACCCCGAGAGGUCCACUAAAGAGGUCUAAAAAGGAGAUAGGAAAGCUAUCUGCUUCUUCUGUUACGACUGUUAAUGGGUCAAGACAAGUGGAAAAUAAUAUACAAGAUAAAGAGUCCUCCAGCAAGAAGAGUCGACUGGAGGCUGAACGAACUUUGGGUGACAGUGGUGAUGAGAUGGAUGUCCAGAUAUCAGAUUUUGACAUGAACAAAAACAAGGAAAUGGAUGUAGAGGAAGAUUACAAUCAUCCUCAGCAGCAAGAGCAUAUUUCCCAUCAUCGUUAUCAGCCAAAAGUUCAUGGCAAACGAGACUCAAUGUCCCCAUACGUAUCCCUUGGUGAUCGCUGCCAUUUGCCUGCAAAUACAGACAAAGACUUGAUGAAACCCAAAGAAGUAAAGUCUUCAACAACAGCACCUGCAAUGCCCAUAAAGCCCUUGGACAGCGACGUGCAUGUCCCCAAGAGCACCACAAUGGCCGAGUACAGGAAGGAGAUGGAAGCUAAAGCUGUCAACCACCGGGACGUUCCGAGUGGCUAUACACCCUCUGGGAAAGCUUAUACAGUGCGACAGAGAGCCACUAACAUUCCCUCUCAGAAAGAAAAUGUCCAGCAGCACAAGAAACAAGAAGUUAAAAAGACAAGAGCUGUUGCCAGGAAGCCCUCUGCUGGAGAUUCAUCAAAAGGCUUUCUUCAGUACUUUUGCUGGUUGGUUGUCCUACUGCUGCUCAGCUCGGCUGCACUGUUUGUUUACAAGAACAAGAUGAAGUCACAAAGCAGUGCGGGGCGUCCAUCCAGGUCAGUGAGCCUCGAAACAUUUGCAGAACACCUGUCCCGCCUGGAGGCUCGCUUCCAUAAUCAGAGGCCCGAGCUGUGGGCCAGGAGCAGGAUCCACUUGGAGAAACACCUCCGAGCGUCACAGCCCACAGAGCCCGUGAGUCUGAUUCUGACGUCCGGGCGCAGGGCUGAAAAGACACUGUCCUGCUUGGCUAAGAGUCUGGCUUCAGCCUUCUCCUCGGCCGUCCAGGGUUCCGUGCUCCACAUAGAUGGAGCAAGCAAAGCUGGCCUGGAGAGCGACGCGGUGAAGCUAGACAUCGACAGGCAGCUGCAGGCAGCUUUUGGAGGAAGCCAACCGGUUGCCGUCAUGCAUCGCCUGGAGGAGCUGCCACCGGGUGCAACACUCAUUUUUUACCGCUACUGCGACCACGAAACCGCCGCAUUCAAGGAGGCCUUCCUGUUAUUUACCAUCCUGCUGCCUCAGGAUGAGGUCAGGGGGGAGCUUGAAAUUGUUGAAGAAUCAGUGCAAGAUUAUCUUAAGGACAGGCUGGUGGGCUCUGGUGACCACACGUCCUUCAAUGACAUGGACGCAGAUAAGUACGGCGGACUGUGGAGUCGCAUCUCCCAUGUGGUCUUGCCUGUGGUGGCCGAGAAGGAUGUAGAGCAAAACGGAUGCUGAGGAGCUAAGCUGGCAUUUCCACAAAAGAAACGACCAGUUCUGCUGCACUGUGAAUUUAUUGCACUGAGGUAAUGUCACCAAAAUGAAAGCAAACAUUGAAACGGUCAAAGAUUAGAACCUGAUAACAGGUGACACUUGCUUACACUCAGGUGUAGAGUCAUUCUUAAAUAACACAAGGACAAGUCAUUGCUUGAACCCAUUCAUCCAUUUGAUUUCUUACUUUUGUGUGCUCUUCUAUGCAAUCCUCAGAUGACUGAUAGAUCAGGGUUUUAAGGUGUGUGUGCAGUUGCUACAACAGCUUGUCUACAGAAUUUGAUUUUACUGAUAAUUUUGUCACGAUCUUUAUUCUUGUAAUAUCCCCAGGAGCAGAAUUAUUUUAAAAUAUUUUUGUGUGAACGUUUUGAUCUCACAGGUUAUUAGUGUUUCCCAAACUUUCAUUUAUUUUUGGCAACCCGCUAUAUAUUUACAAAGUGUUACAAAAGUGGAUAGAGAAAAAUCAGUGAUUUUUUGGGGGGGGGCAAGGGGUGACGCUUUCAAAGACUUAACAUUAACGUAUCGCUCGUCUUAACGAGCAGCGGGUGCCUUAACCCCCAUCACUCACAGACAGCUCCGUCUUGCUCGUGACAUGAGAGAAACACAGACAAGCGACAGAAGAAAGUUUAUUUGUACAGUAUUUCUAAACAUAUUUGUUUUGCUGUCUCUCCCACAGCAUUCAUAAUAUACAUGCAUGCACAUGCGUCAUGGCCAAUUAUACAAAUAAGACACACAAAUUCCAUGUAGCUCCCAUCGUCCUGGGGAAAACACUGAAUUUUGCAAUUUAACUGUAAUCUGCCUUUGAGACUCACAAGAUUAAAAAAUGAUUACUGAAUUAUUAA